AUGACCUCUCCGCGCCCAUCCCCGACCUUUCCCCGGUCGCUUUCAGUUUCUACAGAACGUCGCAAUUCUCGAAGAGCAUCCGGACGUUCCAUUCCCUCCCCAAUCGACCCCGUUCCCGACAGUCAAGAAGCCCCCGCUAUCACAGAAGAGAUCAGUGAGAUCAAGCGCUAUGAGGAUUUCACUACCAUAGACUGGGUACAGGAUGCUGUUUAUGAGCAGUCGCGGCGACGUGCUAAGCGGCGCAGCGGAGUCAGGUUCUGGGACCAGGAAGGCAUCUUUGGAUGGAGACGAAAAGUGUACGAGUCCUAUGAUGCUGGCCAGUCAUGGCUUGUCGUCACGCUUGUGGGCUUAGCAAUUGGCUUGAAUUCAGCUGUGCUCAAUAUCAUAACGGAGUGGCUCUCUGAUAUUAAAUUGGGUCAUUGUACUACCGCAUUCUACCUCAACGAGAACUUCUGCUGCUGGGGCGCAGAAGAUGGGUGCCCGGAGUGGAAGCAUUGGACUUCAUUCUGGCUGUUCAAUUACAUCGUCUAUCUAUUUGGCGCGUUGAUGCUUUCGUCUAUCGCAGCGAUUCUGGUCAAAUCAUUUGCGCCCUAUGCCGCGGGAUCUGGUAUCUCCGAGAUCAAAUGCAUUAUUGCUGGUUUUGUUAUGAAAGGAUUCCUCGGCGCCUGGACUCUGAUAAUAAAAUCCAUUGCCUUGCCACUGGCAAUCGCAUCGGGUUUAUCUGUUGGAAAGGAAGGGCCAAGUGUGCAUUUCGCAGUGUGCACAGGAAAUGUGAUAUCGCGCUUCUUUGGCAAAUACAAGCGGAAUGCGUCGAAAACGAGAGAGAUAUUGACUGCGUCAGCGGCAGCCGGCGUAGCUGUUGCUUUUGGCAGUCCAAUUGGAGGCGUGUUGUUCUCCCUGGAGGAGAUGGCAAACUACUUCCCCCUGAAGACUCUCUGGCGCAGUUACUUCUGUGCUUUGGUGGCUACUAGUGUCCUUGCGGCUGUGAAUCCUUUCCGAACAGGCCAAUUGGUCAUGUUCCAAGUGGAAUACGAUCGAACCUGGCACUUUUUCGAGCUGCUGUUCUUCGUCGGCCUCGGUAUCUUUGGUGGACUCUACGGUGCAUUUGUGAUCAAGUGGAAUCUUCGCGUUGCUGCAUUCCGCAAGAAGUACCUGUCACAAUGGCCCAUAACCGAGUCGGUCGUCCUCGCCGGACUCACUGCUUUGCUGUGCUUCCCCAACAUGUUCUUGAAGAUCAACAUGACCGAAAUGAUGGAAAUUCUCUUCCGCGAAUGUGAGGGUGGCCACGACUACCACGGCCUAUGCGACGCUAAAAAUAGAUGGUCGAUGGUACUGUCUUUGGCUAUUUCCACCAUCCUUCGCACUGGACUGGUCAUCAUCUCCUAUGGCUGUAAGGUGCCAGCUGGUAUCUUCGUACCUUCGAUGGCCAUCGGAGCGUCCUUCGGUCGUAUGGUCGGGAUUAUGGUGCAGGCUCUGCACGAGUCGUUCCCUAAUUCGGCAUUCUUCGCAUCAUGCCAGCCCGAUGUUCCCUGCAUCACACCUGGAACUUACGCUUUCCUGGGAGCUGGAGCAGCCCUUAGUGGAAUCAUGCACUUGACGAUUUCUGUGACAGUAAUUAUGUUUGAAAUUACUGGUGCUCUGACUUACAUCUUGCCAACCAUGAUUGUGGUAGGUGUCACCAAAGCGAUUGGCGACCGAUUUGGCAGUGGCGGCAUCGCCGACCGAAUGAUCUGGUUUAAUGGGUUCCCAUUCCUUGAUAACAAAGAAGAUCACGUUUUCAAUGUGCCUGUUUCGCAUGCAAUGACCACAGACCCACUCUCAUUACCGGCGUCGGACUUCCCAGUCCGUGAAGCGGAGCAUCUUCUAAAUGACAACAAGUUCCAGGGCUUCCCUGUCGUGGAAGACCGCACCUCCAAGACCCUUGUUGGAUAUAUUGGGCGAACCGAGCUCCGGUAUGCCAUUGACCGUGCUCGCAAUGAGGGCAUGGUAGCCCCAAACGCUCGAUGUGUCUUCACUAGAGAAGCAGCCGAGGCAGCCGUUGCCCGAAGGGCAUCUGUAUCCCACCAAGCACGGUCGUCGGAUACAUUUGAUGCAAUCCACAGGAGUGUGGGGGCUAAUGUUGUUGAUUUCUCACGCUAUGUCGACCACACGCCGCUCACUGUACACCCACGUCAUCCCUUGGAAACGGUCAUGGAGAUCUUCAAAAAGAUGGGACCUCGAGUGAUUAUCGUCGAGCACCGCGGUCGACUUACUGGACUGGUUACCGUCAAGGACUGCUUGAAAUAUCAAUUCAAAGUUGAGGCAGAGGAACAUACCCUGGCAUCGACUUCACCGGAACUUUCGACCCUUGGCGGCCGUCCAAACACCCCUGCCCCGGAAGCUAUAGAAGAACGUUUGUGGCGUCUUAUUCAAAAAGUGGCCAAGUUUGUCUCUGGCAAGACCUCCCGACGACCGGUGCGACUGCGCGAACGCAAUACUACUGGCCGGACAGAGCCUUCGGACAUAUUGGAGGGGACAGAGGAGGACGCUGUCGUGGAAUUAGAAGACAGAGAGGACCGUCCCAUGAUUCGAUGA